AUGGUUUUGGGGGUCGCCGGAAUAUCAAAGAAAGCCGUACAAGAAAAAGUUAUGGCCUUGAAAUCUAGAUCAUGGAAAAUAGCUUUAAUGUCCGGAGCCGGUGCAGCUAUUCCAAUUCCAUUCGUUUCCUCCGGUAUCGACGCUUCAAUAAUUCUUGGAGAGGUUCUUUUUUACAGAAGUCAGUUUGCUCUUGAUGACUCUUCACUGAGUAAACUUGCGGAUAUUGCAAAUAUCACUUUGGAAGAAUUGAAGUCUAUUCUUGAUCUGCAGACGCCUGGGGAGUAUUUCACUUCAGCCGGUAUAAAGCAAUUCCUAGGAACAUAUGCCGCUGCCGGAGCAGCCGAAAAACUGGUUCAAUAUUCUUUACCAAUAGUUGGUACGGUGAUUGGUUGCGGUGCUUCAUAUGGUGCAACAUAUCACGUUCUGAACAACAUCUUAAAUGAGAUGACGAAAGAUGCUUUUAAAGUCCUGCAGUUUAUUGCCGAAAAAAUAAAUAAUGCAGCUGCCUAG